GAGAAGCGGUUGAGCUGUGAUUGAGAGUAUUGUAAUAUAACACGUUUCACCACAAAGCAGAAUCAAACCUCCUGAAGGCUGGGACAGCUGUGUUAGGCUGGCUGGAUUUGCAGUACGGAAAUUGCUGAUCUGCGCCCCCCCUCCCCGACUCCCCAAAAAAAGAAAAGUUUGCAGCACAGACAAGAAGAAGUCAAUGUGCAUCUAACGUUACAGCAUAAAGUAAACCUUCAUGAAGCACAUCAGUUUCGAGUGAAAGGACUGGUUGCUGAUUUUACCAGAAUCGGCGAGUGCCAGUUGCUUUUGUCUUCAACCUUUUGCAGAAAGAAGUGCAACCUGAGCUGAGGCGGGUCAGAGGCUCUUGAUCGAAGGGGACAUUCAGAGCGGGGCUGCUAGCCGAAGUCGAAGAGUGGAGCCGCGCUGCUCUUAGACUUUGUAAAGGAAAAAAGGCCAAUUUGGAGACACUCCCAGAGAAUCUCAGGUCAUCCAUCAAUCCAUCAUGAAGUGUGCCACUCUGGAAUGGGUACAGGGAGUUGCUCUGUUAUUUAUAAUCCCAGCAGUUGUUCCAAUGUUGAUCCCAAAUUCAACCCUUUUGGAAACACUGCUGGAAAAGUAUAUGGACAAGGAUGAAGGCUCUGAGACGCUGAUCUCCAAACAUCGAGCAAAAAGGGCAAUUACUGAGAGUGAUAAGCAAGUCAUCCUGGACCUGCACAAUAAACUGAGAGGUCAAGUGUAUCCUCCAUCAUCAAAUAUGGAGUACAUGGUUUGGGAUACAGAGCUAGAAAGAACAGCUGAAGCCUGGGCUGAGACAUGUUUGUGGGAACACGGGCCUGCUAGCCUUCUACCGUCUAUAGGUCAAAACCUGGGUGCUCACUGGGGCAGGUACAGGCCGCCAACGUUCCAUGUUCAGGCAUGGUACGAUGAAGUAAGGGAUUACACAUUUCCAUACCCCCAAGAGUGUAACCCGUAUUGUCCAUUCAGGUGUUCUGGGCCAGUGUGCACUCAUUAUACACAGGUAGUCUGGGCAACCAGCAGUCGUAUAGGCUGUGCCAUUAAUCUCUGCUACAAUAUGAACAUUUGGGGACAGAUAUGGCCAAAAGCAGUUUAUCUGGUUUGCAAUUAUUCCCCCAAGGGUAAUUGGUGGGGUCAUGCUCCCUACAAACAUGGCCGUCCCUGUUCUGCAUGUCCACCUAGUUAUGGUGGUGGCUGUCGAGAAAAUCUAUGCUAUCGAGGGGAUGAAUCAGAAACCCAUUACUCACCUCAGGAACCUGAAGAAACCAAUGAAAUCGAACGAGAAAGAACAAAAACACAAGAACCGAGACCAAGAACACACACUCCAACAUCAUCUACAAGAACAGAGGAGCUUGACAAAAAUGAAGUUAUAAAUACCCAACAAAUGUCACAGCUUGUAACCUGUGAAACAAGACUUCGGGACAAAUGCAAAGGAACAACUUGUAACAGAUACGAGUGCCCUCCUGGUUGUUUAGACAGCAAAGCAAAAGUAAUAGGCAGCGUGUAUUUUGAAAUGCAAUCCAGCAUUUGUAGAUCUGCAAUACAUUAUGGAAUAAUAGACAACGAUGGUGGUUGGUUGGAUGUUACAAGACAAGGAAGGAGGGAUUAUUUUAUUAAAUCAAACAGAAAUGGUGUGCAGUCCAUAGGGAAAUACCAGUCUGCUAAUUCAUUUACAGUCUCAAAAGUAACAGUAAAAGCUGUCACCUGUCAGACGACUGUCGCCCAAUUCUGCCCCUUCCAGAAGCCAGUGACACACUGUCCAAGAAUAUAUUGCCCCCGGAACUGUAUGCAAGAAAAUCCUCAUAUUGCACGUGUGAUUGGAACCCGAAUUUAUUCUGAUCAAUCAAGUAUAUGCAGGACUGCUGUGCAUUCUGGGAUCAUUCAGAACCAUUUAGGAGGCUAUGUGGAUGUGAUGCCAGUAGACAAAAGAAAACAAUACAUCGCUUCCUAUCAAAAUGGAAUCUUCUCGGAAAGUUUACAGAAUCCACCAGGAGGAAAAGCAUUCAGAAUAUUUGCAGUCAUAUGAAUGUGUGCAAUGAAGAAAGUUAUACUGUGUGCAGCGUUUGGAAUGAAGCAAUCAGAGAUUGCAGCAUCUUCUUUGAUUUUUCACCUCAAAGUGUUGAAAACAGAAACAACUUCCAUUGUGUUCCUUUUGUUGAGUAUUUGGGCAUUGACUGCAGACUAUAUCUUUAACAGAGAACUUGCAUUUUAUAGGUAUUACCAUUCCAUUUUGUGUCUUUUUGAUGGCUCAUUGUUUUUAAAUGCAGAUUUAUGUUAACUCAGCCCUUGGAACUCAUCGAUUACUAAGGGAAACUACAAUAAGCUAAUAAAUAAAAAAAAGCAUGAGCUCUCUAUUUUACCCCACAUUUUUCUUAAAUGUUUUUGUGUAUCAUAUUCAUUAUUUCAAUUUGCCUAUAUUUGCAACUUGUGUUUAUGACAGCAGAAAUAUGUUUAUUUCAAAUUAAAAAAAAAAGUUUUCCUAAAGACAAAUUAGUGUGAGUAAAAUAAA